AUGUACCUGAUCACUAUGUUCGGGAACCUGCUCAUCAUCCUGGCCAUCAUCUCAGACUCCCACCUCCACACCCCCAUGUACUUCUUCCUCUCCCACCUGUCCUUUAUAGACAUCUGUUUCACCUCUACCACCAUCCCAAAGAUGCUGGUGAAUAUAGCGACUCAAACCAAAGUCAUUACCUAUGAAGACUGCCUCACCCAGAUGUAUUUUUUCUUACUGUUUGUACAGUUGGACAACUUCCUUCUGGCCGUGAUGGCCUAUGACCGUUUCAUAGCCAUCUGCCACCCCCUGCACUACACAGUCAUCAUGAACCCUACUCUCUGUGGACUGCUGGUGCUGAUAUCCUGGGUGAUAGUUGUCUCCUUAUUUUAUUGUACAGGCUUAGGAGUAUACAUUAGCUCUGCUGCUACUCACAGCUCACACUCAAGUGCAACAGCCUCAGUGAUGUACACUGUUGUCACACCCAUGUUGAACCCCUUCAUCUACAGUCUGAGGAAUAAAGACAUAAGGGGGGCUCUAAGAAAAUUCUUUGGGAUAGCAGCCAUAAAAAGGCCAAUUGGUCAAAGAGGGUGA